GGGUAAAUUGGAACACGACAUCUUCCAGUAUAACAGACACCACCCAAGAAUGGAGAUUGACAUAACUCAGAGUGAUGAUGGUCGUACAGAAAUGGUGAUGUUAACCAUACAUAAUACAACUAUUGAUGACUUCUACUAUAUUUAUAACAUGAAAAUACAAUUUACCCCAAACUGUGUCAGAUAUGCUGAGCCCGUUUCACUUAUUGAAGUACCACGUGUUUUCAGCAAAAUGCCAGAAAUGAUAGGACGACCAACAGCAGAUAUUAAAUUUGUGUGGCACUAUUAUUACAGUUCUCCAGCAACGGGCGUUGUAUUUGACAGAUAUACCAGUGGACAGUUACAAAAGGUUGGUUAUUGGAAUGGAACCAGAUUUUAUUCCUAUAUAGGGGACGAUAGGCUCCAGUUUAGUAACACAUUUUUAUCAUUUGGACAGGCGAUAACUCUAACGAUAACAAAUACAACUGCUGAUGAUUUUAAUACAAUAUAUGGCUGUAAAAUUACCUUUAUUGAUGGUGUGGCUGGUUAUGAUGAGACUAAGCUAUUAUGUGAUCGAGGUCCAAGAUUAGAGACAGUUGCCAAUCAUUUACAUGGAAAAUUAGGGGAUGAUAUUAUUCUACAUUGGACAUAUACCUAUUGUCCUGAAGCCACUGAUAUUAGAUUCUUCCGCAUAAAUAGUUCUGGGCAAUCGUUCCUGAUUGGACGCUGGGCCAAGAAUCAGGGCUACCAACCAAUAGGUAAUAAUCGUGCAGUAUUUUACCAGAGUACAGUAGAAGGCAAAGAGGAGAUAACUCUGGUUAUAUUAAAUACGGAUGCGAAAGAUUAUAAUUCUACCUAUAUAUGUGAAGUCAUCUUUGAAGAUAUAAGUAGGAACUUGACAGCAAUUGAAUUAAUAUUAAUACGUGAUACAGAUAUAGAGAGUGGGGCAUUGCUUGAGCUCAACCUGGUGAUGAUGACCGCGUUGCCCAUAGUAGCCGUAUUUAUUUGUGCCCUUGUAGGAUUAGGAUUAGUUAUUUAUGGUUAUACGCGUAAAACUAAAAGAGUGGUAAAUGCCAGCAGCAAUCCAGCGAAUAAUAUGAGACAUUCCUACAUUUCACUAAACAGUGUUGUUAUAUUCCAUGCCAACCGUGAUUCUACUACAACCAAUGCCGAGUCUACUGCUUCUAACGAUACAGAUGCAUAUGCUAAUCCUUACGAUCCAAUCAACAGAGAUAAUAUUGAUACCAGUAAAAACUUGUAUAUGUCACUACAGAAUCCUGGAACAAGUAACAUUAACCAAGGCGAUGAUGUCCAAGAGACAAAUGUUGAUGAUACUUCGGUAACCAAUAUAGAUGAUGUCCAGACAGCCGAUGAUGAUGUUGAUGAUGUUGGUGAUGAUGAUGAUACAUCGACACUUGGUUCUAACCCUUACAAUGCUCUGAACAAAUAUACCGCGAACAGUGAUGUACUCAGUUAUAUAUCGCUACCACCAUGUACGAGAUCAGACAAUGGGGAGCAUGCCCUUUCUCCUAAUUCCAGUAGAGGAGAAGACGUAAUGUUUGUGAAAAAACGACCCUCAACGAUCUAGAUUCGAUUGUCACAUGUAACGAUUCUCACAUUAAAUCAGACUUUUAGACCAUCUUCGAAUGUACAUUUGUUUAUUUAGUUUCAGUUGUAUUUUUCUUCAUUUAUUUAACUUCUAACAUGCCAUAGAGUUAAUACCCAAUUGAGUACAAUGAAUGUAUAUAUUGUGUGUCUUGUAACGCUUAAUAA